AAGAGCACGUUGCCAUUCCACGGAACCAAACGCCAGGCCGGGAAGCAACUCGCGUAGGCUACGUGCCUAGGAUCGAUCGAUACACGUACGCGGGACGCCUGAUGGCAUCGGCUCGCUCCGUGAUGCUCCAGGUGCUGCUGCUGGCGGCGACGUUUGCUGCGGUGCCCGGCGUCCUCUCGGACCCGCCGCCGCUCCAGGACUUCUGCGUGGCCGACCUCAAGGCCGCCACGACGGUCGACGGGUUCCCCUGCAAGGCGACAUCGACAGUGGUGGACGACGACUUCUUCUCCGACGCCAUGGUCGCCGCGCCCAGAACAGACACCAACCCCUUCGGCGUCAACUCCACGCGCGCCACCGUGUCGGCAUUCCCGGGCCUGAACACGCUGGGCCUCUCCAUCACGCGCACCGACCUCGCCCCGGGCGGCCUCAACCCGCCGCACUCGCACCCUCGGGGCUCGGAACUGGUGCUGGUGCUCAAGGGCGAGGUCAUGGUCGGGUUCACCUCGGCGACCAACCGGCUCUUCACCAAGGUGGUGAAGGAGAACGAGCUCUACGUCGUGCCCCGCGGCCUGCAGCACUUCCAGCUCAACGUUGGCACCGGAGACGCCGUCUUCAUGGCCAUGUUCGACGCCCAGUCGCCGGGCCUGGUCACGCCGACGCUCGCGCUCUUCGCGACCGAGCCGGCCAUGCCGAUGGAGGUGCUCACCAAGACCUUUCUCAUGGGCAAAGACGAUGUCACCGCCAUGAAAUCCAAAUUCGCCGGCUUCUGACACUGAAUAUUAGUGGUGUUCUCGCGGUUUCAGCUACUAAUGCAAGACACUGCAGUAUCCGUGUGUUUGUUGUUGUCUCUGUACCCCGACUCUUCUGUUCUGAGAUCGUUUUAUGUGCCUCAGUGUGUAUUUUUGGUGUUUGGCCAACAAGCUGCAAUUAUUACUCAUAUUGAC